CUGCACAUAAGCAUCCCUGAUCGUUGCUUUAGCUUUCGAUGUUUUCGAGUUGCGUAAAGUUUUUUUUUUUUUUUUUUCAUUCUGGGUGAAGAGCCUCUUGCCAAGCCUUUUCGCGGGAAUAUUGCGGGUUUUUGUUGUGAUGAGUCGGGUACUCGGGUGAAGAAACGAUUUGUUUAGUUACUUUAAAAUGUGCAACAGCUAAGACAAAAUAAUUACAACAACGCAAUGGGUCAAAAUAAACACAUUUUCAUACUCAAAGAUCAAGCUGAUGAAGCCGUAGACGAUCGUUUCGAAAUUAUCAACCUCCGUAAUCCUGCUACUGGUAGAUUAUCUAAAUACGUGCUACGGAACAACGACCAGGAUCUAUACGAACUCAAUUGUUUUGCAGAGACAAACCGAUCGUGGUUCGUAGAUGAAUCAGUACAUUCAAACGGUAAAAUCUAUCUUCCAACGAAGAUAGACCCGCUGUUCCUGAUCAUACCUUAUUUGGCUAAACAAUGCGAAAACAGGGCAGUUCCAUUGGAUCAUAUACUUAUUGAUGAUGAUUUCCCUCACACUGGAAAAAUUACAAAACUGCUCACUCACGAAAACCAGAUAGUGCUCAUUGCUGAUGUGAAAAAAGCCGGCAAUAUUCUAGCUUACAAAUACAAUGAAUCUAAAAUACUAGAAUGGCUUUUACAGAAAUGCAUACGACUCAAACAAGCAUUAGUGCAUCAACAAAUAUUCGUUGCUCGUUCACAAAAUUUUAUCAAAGAGGAAAAAGAGAACGAGCUACCGGAAGACGAGAUGCUACAGUAUGCACAUGGAAUAAUUUCCGAUUACCUUACACUGGAAUUGAGCAAAAAACUGGCAAGUGUUCUUGGGUUUUCCGAGGAAAAAAUUUACAAAAAGCGUAAAUCAACAGCUGAGAUAGAAAGUAAUCAAAUCAAGAAAAUUAAAAAAGAAGAGUUGCACGAAACAACGCCAAGUAAGACUGCAGCUUCGGGGACUAAAAAAGUUAGUGCCAAAUCUAAAGCGCUGGCAAAAGCAGCAUCCCAGACAAAAAGUAUUGCAAGCUUCUUUAAAAAGUAGUUACUAUUCGUUUGCUUUGGAAAUAUUUUAUUAUAAUCUAUAUAAAUAAAUAAAACAAUAUCAA